CUUGCUUCGCUACCUCUUCAUGGUGGUAUAUGACACUUUGCUUUUCAUUCUCUUCUUUUUUUCGUGUUGAAUAUUGGCGUUUUGCAAGGUUAAAUAACGGAAAUUGGCAAACAGGGGGUAUGGCUGGCUACCACGGGUUAUUCGCAUGAAUUGCAUACGGUAUAUGUGCCCCGUUCUUCAUCUUCUUCGUUCGACUUUUUUCUUCUUCUUUUUUUCGUCGACUGCACUGCCCGGAUUUGGCAGGCUAUCAACAUCUUUUCGCAACGUCUCUUUGUGCACUAAACGGGAAACGGAAUACACAAAAACAUCCACCAAAUAUGGUGCGCGGGGACCCUCGAUAUACAAAAAUGGAGCGCAGGCAUUGUCUCUUAUACAUACAGGCCCCUUUCUCUUGCUUUUCUCUUGAUUGUUGUUCUAUUUUGCUCUUGUGUGCUGUGACUGGCAACGCAUCUUUGAAUAUUAUAUCCGACCGGCAUGAUCAUCACCAUCAUCAGUUAUCAUUGUCAAUAUACCAACAUAGCAGGGUGCCAGGCGAGUGGGUUCAUUGCUUUUGCUGUCUGCUCAUCCUUACUUGCAUACCUCGAUUGUUUUAUGUCAUGUGUGUUUGUGUUUCUACUACUGAGAAAACACCCUUUUUUUUUCUGCCCUGCUAUUCUAUUCCUCGGUUUCACAAUUUCUACAAGAGGGAGAAUGCAGAUGGGGAGAUGUUUAGACAUUGGAAAAUUUCACAUAAGGCAGAAAUAUCUGAAAGAAAUGAAAAAAAAAAUUGACAAAUACACAUAUGAACCAUCGCUAUUCUGUUGAUGUUGG